AUGCUCUUUCCUUCUUUCUUUUUUAUAUGCUCUUUCCUUCUUUUUUCUUAUAUAAUCUUUCUUUCUUUCUUUCUUUCUUUCUUUCCUUCUUGUGAUCAUGUUAUUUUCUCUCUUAUAUGCUCUUUCCCUCUUUCUUUCUUAUAUGUUCUUUCUUUCUUUUUUCUAUCAUCUUUAUUUCUUUCGUUAUUCUUUCUUUCUUUCUUUCUUUCUUUCUUUCUUUCUUUCUUUCAUCUUUCUUUUUUCUUUCCUUUAGCAGCUUUCUUUCCGUUUUCUUUUUUUAUCUUUCUUUCUUUCUUUCUUUCUUUCUUUCUUUCUUUCUUUCUUUCUUUCUUAUCCUGCCUUGCUUUUUACAUCGACCUUUCUUUCUUUCUUUCUUUCUUUCUUUCUUUCUUUCUUUCUUUUUUUCUUUCUUUCUUAUCCUGCCUUGCUUUUUACACUGACCUUUCUUUCUUUCUUUCUUUCUUUCUUUCUUUCUUAUUUCAUCUUUCUUUUUUCUUUCCUUUAGCAGCUUUCUUUCCGUUUUCUUUUUUUGUCUUUCUUUCUUAUUUCUUUCUUUUUCUUUCUUUCUUUCUUUCUUUCUUUCUUUCUUUCUUUCUUUCUUUCUUAUCCUGCCUUGCUUUUUACAUCGACCUUUCUUUCUUUCUUUCUUUCUUUCUUUCUUAUAUAGUUUUCUUUUUUCUUUCUUUCUUCCAUCUUUCUUUUUUACUUUCCUUUAUCAGCUUUCCAUCUUUUUUUCUUAUACCUUCUUUGACCCAUUCUUUCUGUCUUUCUCUUUCAUGUCUUCUUUCUUUCUUUUUUCUAGGAUCUUUAUUUUGUUCCUUUAAUCUUUCUUUCUUUCUUUCUUUCUUUCUUUCUUUCUUUCUUAUUUAUUUUUUCUUUCUUUCUUUCUUAUUUAAUUUUUCUUUCUUUCUUUCUUUCUUAUUUAAUUUUUCUUUCUUUCUUUUUUCCUUCUUUCUUUCUUUCUUAUUUAAUUUUUCUUUCUUUUUUUCUCUUUCAUUCUUUCUUCCUUAUUUAAUUUUUUUUUCUUUCUUUCUUUUCUUUCUUUCGCCAUUCUUAAUAAUUCAAAAAUACCCGGAUAGAGCGGAAGGCGCCACCAAAUCACCCCCCCCCGCGGCCACCUAUCCUUAUUCCUCAGUUUACCGUAUGUAUCGUGUAUCAGUCGACUCUCAAGAUUUGGCCAUAGAAUCUUUUCCGCGUAUACCGGUCGAUCCUUCCUCAGUUUACCGUAUGUAUCGUGUAUCAGUCGACUCUCAGGAUUUGGUCAUAGAAUCUUUUCCGCGUACUUCGUAUACCGGUCGAUCCUUAUUCCUCAGUUUACCGUAUGUAUCGUAUAUCAGUCGACUCUCAGGAUUUGGUCAGAACCUUUUCCACGUGCUUCGUAUACUGGUCGAUCCUUCCUCAGUUUAUCAGUCUCCCUCUUACGUCUCUCUCUUCCGUCUCAUCGCUCACCCGUACUCUCCCGUCUCAUCGCUCGCCCGGGCCGAUUCUCUCCUCUCUUCAAGAAAUUUCUCCCGUCUGUCUUCUUCAGCAUAA